GUAGGAUCGAAUAGCACAUUAUCACUCCUCGGUGCUUUGUUGCUUUGUCCUCAUUCACCUUGUCUUACGCAGAACUGAAUACCCGUUACGGGGUGUUGAACCAAACCCAGAACAGUUCGAAGACACUAUACCGACCCCUGCAUUUAAUCCAAGACCUUAAGAAGAACUCUCUCCUACCUCCUGCCCCUCGCAGAUUCAAGUUCAUAGUCAAUACGGAAUGGUCGCUUGACUCUUGUCUUCUUUCCCCACCUUUCAAAAGACCACCUUCUGCCCAGCAUCGUAUAUUGAAAAUUAAUAUCUCGACAAAUUCGUGGCUGCAGCACUUUCGUGACCAUGGUGGCAAUCAAUUUUGGGCGUGAACCUAAGGAGGCAGCCAACAUUCGAACAACAACGAGAGAACACCAGGCGAAUGAGGACACCCAGAGCUUAGAAGAAAGGAAUGAGAGGGAAUUGCUUGAACACCCAGAUGAGGUUACCCAGGAAGCACAGGUCGGAGUCCAGAAAGCCGAAGCUACGGCUUUGGUAUGGUCCAAAACCGCCUUGUAUGCGACAUAUGCCUGGAUCUGGUUAUGCUUCUUCGUUCUGUCUAUGCAAUCGUCUAUUAGCAGCAACGUGAUCUACUACGCAUACGCAAACUUCGCUUCAGCUCCUCAAAUAUCCCAGGCAUUCAUUGUCUCGACAAUCAUUGGAGGAGUUCUUCAACUUCCUAUCGCAAAAUCUCUUAAUCUAUGGGGCCGCGCCGAGGGGUUCCUGGCUUUAUUGCUGGUAUUCAUCCUAGGACUCAUCGUAAUCGCCGCAUGCGAUGGUCCUAAUGGGUUUGCAGCUGGUUACACCCUAUACUGGAUCGGUUAUACUGCCCUGAAUUUCAUUCUGACAGUCUUCGUUGCCGACGCGUCCGGGCUGCGAAAUCGAGCUUUCGUCUACGCGUUUAUCGGUACACCCACGAUCUGUACGGCCUUUGUAGGGCCCCUCAUUGCUCAGGCAUUCCUGACCCAUUCUACCUGGCGUUGGGCUUACGGCUGUUUCGCUAUCAUCACCUUUUUCGUCUUUGUGCCUCUUGCUCUCGUGUUCAAGUUCUAUCAACGCAAAGCCGAGAAGUUGAAUCUUUUUAUUCGGGUCCCGAGUGGUCGAACGACGGCGCAGUCGUUCGUUCAUUACUUCCACGAGUUUGAUAUUGUUGGCGCUUUCAUCCUCAUGGCGGCCUUCAUCCUGUUCCUUCUGCCGUUCAGUCUUGAGACUUAUGGCUUUAGUGGAUACUCCUCGGCGACUUUUAUCGCCAUGGUUGUCAUUGGAAUCUUGCUAUUCCCAGUCUUUGCUGUUUGGGAGCGGUUCUUUGCCAGAACUCCUUUCAUCAAAUGGGAGUUAUUCAAAAAGCGCACAGUUCUUGGAGCUUGCAUCUUGUCGGCUGUGAUUUUCUUUAACUACUACACGUGGGAUCAGUACUUUUACUAUUACGUGCAAGUCGUCUACAACCUGGACACCUCGAAGACAGGAUACAUGACACAGAUAUAUGGCGUUGGAUCGACCAUCUGGGCAGUUCUGUUCGGCAUCUGGAUUCGUCAGACCAAACACUUUAAGAACGUCUGUCUUUACUUCGGUGCACCACUAAUGCUACUUGGCGCGGGUCUUAUGAUUCACUUCCGAGGCUCCCAAAGUAACAUCGGAUACCUGGUUAUGUGUCAAAUUCUCAUUGCAUUUGGCGGUGGCACUCUUAUUAUCGGUGAUGAGAUGGCUGUUAUGGCUGCCGCUGACCGUGAUGGCGUCCCACUGAUGAUUGCUAUGAUCAGUUUGUCCUCUAGUUUUGGCGGAGCUAUUGGCUACGCCGUUGCAGUCGCCAUUUAUUCCAAUACAUUCCCCCAGGCCUUGCUCAGGGCGCUUCCCGAUUCAGCCAAGGCUGAUUAUGCAACCAUCUACGCCGGUGGCUCGGCAGCUCAGCUCUUGUACCCCCCUGGUAGUGAGACAAGGAACGCGAUCAACCACGCGUGGGCAUACAGCCAGAAGUACGAGUGCAUUACGGCGGCUGUUCUUCUCGUUCUCGCUUUCCCAGCGAUUGCCAUGUGGAAGAAUUACAAUGUCGGCAAAAAGCAAGUGAAAGGCACCGUCAUCUAAUACUUGAAGUGUGCUUCGAGAUUGUGACUGAUGCGGAUUAGUAUGGAGAGACUAGAUAGUAGAGGAUAGAUCGCCAAUCAUAGCAUUGCAAUAUAAGCACUGAAUAAACUGCAGAUAAUUUCCUUGU